GCAAGAAACAAUAAGAAAAAAUAUAAUACUUAAUUAUCAAAAUACUAUGUACAGAUAAUGCACGAAUCACGUGGUGCGUAGCUGUAAGUAGAAGAGAAAAUGUUUUAAAAGAUUUGUAGUUUCAUGAUAUUAUUCAACAAUUUGUUUGCAUUAUAAAUUAAAGCGAAACAUUUGGAUAACAGCUUUCUAUACGAUGCCAGGAAUGUAAAGUGAUGUAAUACUACAUGUAAUGUAUGCCUAUAUUUGUCGGUUACUAUACAAUGGUAUAAAAUUAUUACCGAAGGAUAAUAAUAAUAAUUUACUGUUACAAGAUCUUUUAAUUUCUAUAUUUUUAACAUCAUAAGAGCGCCCGUUUUGUGAUCAUUUUUAAGAAAUUCGAUUAUUUUACAGAUAAUCAGAUAAAACUGUUUUACCAAAUACGAUAAAGCUUUUAUAUAUCUCCAAUCCUUAUCAACAAGUAAUAACAUGUAGUAUCUUUUUAUUAAUAGGUUUCAUGCAUAUUGUAAUCCAUAUAGUGAUAGAUUGUAAAGAAUGCAUGUUUUACACUUAGAAAUAAUAGUUGCUGAUUUGAUUUGUUAGUCGGAAAACGAGCCCUUUUAAUAUUUUUACUAGUAACCAAUCGGGAACGUCUGAUACUGCCACGUUGCCAAGUAUCCGGUUGUAUUCGGCCAAUCGUAGAUUCAGCGCCCAGUUGGAGCGGCAUCUCUCCGUGGCUUGUGUAAACGUGAAGUAGCGAGCAGCUCAAGAUCUGGUCGCGGUCGAAAUUUGUCGGGAGCCGUCGCCAUGUUUAGAAGUGUGUGCGUCCUUGAGCGAGUCGAGCGAAAAUGUUCUGUAAAAUAUUAGAUAUAGCUCAUGCACUGUACAUUACGUGAAGUACCUAAUUACAAUUUAAUGCUUGUCGAUCACGGGUGUAACAAUUAUUUUUGUGGAUGGCUCACCUACGUUGCAGAAUUUUGUGAUUACAGUAUGUGUAAUGUGUAAUGAGUGAUAAGCAGACUGCACCUAUUUUACCACCCCUCAAUGGGGGUGGAGGAAAUAAUGGGGGUAGCAAUGGAAGUGCACCACAACAGACUGUUAAUUUACAACAAGUUCUUGCUACUGCCCAAGGACUUAAUGUCCUUACUACAGGCGCUGGACAGCAAUUUGUUAUUACUUCACAGGUCCCUGGCCUUACACAGGUUAUACCAAGUAAUGCAACAACAAAUACAAACAUUCAACAAGUUGGAGUUACAAGAAUUGUUAAUAUCAGUGGUACACCACCACGUGCAGGUAGCAUGGGAGUUGCAGGUGCAAGCAGUUCACCUCUUACAUCUCCUACUCGUCAGGGUUCACCUAAAGUUGUUUUAGCAACAUCUCCAAAACUUGUUCGAACUUCUAUUGGAAAUAUGUUUGUUGCACCAACCUCGCAAGCUUCUAUGCAUUCACCACCUGCAAGAAAAAAAUUGAAAUUAACAGAUUCUACUGAAAAACAUACUAUGCUUGCUGAUGAUGCAAUGGGUUAUAGAAGAAGAAUUAUGGAACAUAAAAUGAAAAGGAUGCGUGCAAUAAGAGAGAGAUAUGCAGAAAAUGCAUCAGAAUUAUUCUUUCUUCAUGCUGGAGGCAAUAUGAUGGAUUUUCAAUCAUGGAAGAAGAAACCUCCAACACCCCAAUAUUUGCAUUUUUUACAGCAAAAUAGAUUAGAUCCAGAUGAUGAUGAAGAUUUAACAGCUCCACUGCCAGCAAUAUCAGAAAUUCCAUUAACACCAACUGCAACAACUGUUUCUACAAUAGUUCCUGUGAAUCAGUGUACAGAAGUAAAAAUUUCUGGAAUGAAUGUUGCUCCAGUUGCGGUGUCCACGACAUUGCCUGCUGCAGUAGCUCAACUUAAUCAACAAGGACAUGUACCAGGUAGGCCUCAAGGGGGCCGCCAUGGCAUGGUGUUUGCCUUCAGAGCAGCAAUUCAGUCUUCACCAGUCACCGCUCACCCUCCACCUACUUCUUCUACUCUAGCACCCACGCUCAUUAUAGGUAAUGCACCAAUAGUUCCAGGUUCACCAAAACCUGUGACAACAACUGUUACAAGUCCAGUGAUAGAUAAAUCUACAAUAGCUACAUCUAUUACAACAACUAUUACUACAAUGACUACUCCUACCCUUACUUUUACUGGAGCUACCACCACUACAGCUACUGUUACUACUGUUACAAAAACAUCUUCUGCGCCUACUAUACCUACUCAGCCCAUUGUUAAACUUGUUAAGUUACCUGCCUCUAAUGCGGCUACGUCAUGUGAUAUCACAAAUAACCAAGAACAAAUUGUAGAGAAGGCAAAACAGGAAGCAUACGUUAUGCAAAGGAUUGCGGAAUUACAGCGGGAAGGAUUAUGGUCAGAAAGAAGGUUGCCUAAAGUACAAGAACCACCUCGUACAAAGGCUCACUGGGACUAUCUGUUAGAAGAGAUGGUUUGGUUAGCUGCUGACUUUGCUCAAGAACGAAAGUGGAAAAAAGCUGCAGCGAAAAAGUGUGCGCGUAUGGUACAGAAAUAUUUCCAAGAGAAAGCAAUUCAAGCACAAAAAGCUGAAAAAUCACAAGAGCUUAGGUUAAAGAAAAUUGCUAGUUUUAUUGCUAAAGAAAUCAAAACCUUCUGGACAAAUGUGGAAAAAUUAGUGGAAUAUAAACAACAGACAAGGCUUGAAGAGAAAAGAAAGCAGGCACUAGAUCAACACUUAAAUUUUAUUGUGGGUCAAACAGAGAAAUAUUCUACAUGGUUAACUGAAGGACUUAAUAAAACUGAUGGUCCUCAAAGUGUGCCAGCCUCCAUGAAUAGUUCGCGUAUUUCUUCCCCAGUACCACCUGGCAAAUCUCAUUCUGAUGAGGAUUUUCAACCAAACCAAAGCUCAGAUGAUGAUGAAGAAACCAUAGCAAAGGCCGAAGAAGAAUUGAAAUCUGUGACAAACCAUAAAGAAGAAGUUGAAUUGCUGAAAAAAGAAUCAGAGCUACCCCUAGAAGAUCUCCUUAAAGAGCUACCACCUGAUUACUUGGAAAAUAGAAAUAAAAGUUUAUCACCUGCAUCAAAAGGAGUAGAGGAAGAGAGUGAAAAGACAACAGAUGGCGAUAUGGAUUUUGUUGCCGCAUCGGAUGAAUCCUCCGAUGAGGAAGAGACUAUUAUGGAACAAGAAAAACUGGAAGAAAAUGCGGAUUAUAAACAAGAAUUAGACGAUCUUAAAGCUGAAAAUGAAAUGUCUAUUGAUGAACUUAUGGCCAAAUAUGGUAACAUGUCGGAUGUGCCAAUAGAUGUUGAACAAGAACCUAUUCAAGAGUCAGAUAAAGAAAGCAUAAAAGAAGAAGCUCAGGAAAAUGACGAAGAAUCUACGAGUAACGAAAGUGAAAGUGAAGAGAGUGACAACGAAGUUGAUGAGGAAGAGUCUCAAACACAAACUGAUAAUGAAGCCGAUAUUGGUCUUAAAUCUCUUUUAGAAGAUGUAUCCAUGGAAAAAUCAUCAAAUGAUAAGACUGCAGAGAUGGACCAUUCAAAUGCUCGCGAUGAAAUGGAUAACGUCGCGGCAUUGGCAGAAAGUAUCCAACCUAAAGGAAAUACUUUACUUACCACCAGUGUUGUUACGAAAAUUCCAUUUCUUCUGAAACAUCCCCUUCGAGAAUAUCAACAUAUAGGUUUAGACUGGCUUGUUACAAUGUACGACAGGAAAUUAAAUGGUAUUUUAGCAGAUGAAAUGGGUUUAGGUAAAACCAUACAAACGAUUGCUUUACUUGCGCAUUUGGCAUGCGAAAAAGGAAAUUGGGGUCCUCAUCUCGUAAUAGUACCAACAUCUGUGAUGCUUAACUGGGAAAUGGAAUGUAAGAAAUGGUGUCCAGGAUUUAAGAUUUUGACUUAUUACGGAACGCAAAAAGAAAGGAAACAAAAAAGAACAGGUUGGACUAAACCUAACGCUUUUCAUAUUUGCAUAACAUCAUAUAAACUGGUUAUACAGGAUCAUCAAAGCUUUAGAAGGAAAAAGUGGAAAUAUCUUAUAUUGGACGAAGCUCAAAAUAUAAAAAAUUUCAAAUCACAGAGAUGGCAAUUACUAUUGAAUUUUCAAACCCAACGACGAUUAUUGCUUACUGGUACACCUCUACAGAAUAACUUAAUGGAAUUAUGGUCAUUGAUGCAUUUUUUAAUGCCGAAUGUAUUCCAGUCACAUAGAGAAUUUAAAGAAUGGUUUAGUAAUCCUGUUACUGGAAUGAUAGAAGGAAAUAGUGAAUACAAUGAAAAUAUUAUUCGUCGUCUGCAUAAGGUUUUGCGGCCUUUUUUAUUACGAAGAUUAAAAACAGAAGUAGAAAAACAAUUGCCCAAAAAGUAUGAGCACGUCGUUAUGUGCCGUUUGUCAAAACGUCAGCGAUACCUAUACGAUGAUUUUAUGUCCAGAGCAAAAACAAAGGAGACCCUCGCCAGUGGCAAUCUGUUAAGUGUGAUUAAUGUAUUAAUGCAAUUACGGAAGGUAUGCAACCACCCAAAUUUAUUUGAAGUUAGACCUACUGUAUCACCAUUUCAAAUGGAAGCUAUUGAAUAUGUCACAGCUUCGUUAGUAUGGAGUGCUCUUGAUUAUGAUCCAUUUAAGCAUAUCGAUCUAUCUAGUAUUAAUCUUUUAUUAUGUGAUUUGGAGUUAAGUCUUACUGCGUUUGUGGCGCAUAGAGUCAGACGAUUGCAAACACCUCGCAAGCUUGUGGAAGAAAUAGACACACAACCAGAUCCGUCUCCAAGAUGUCCACCUGGAAAGAUUAAAAUUAAUGUUAGAUUAUCUAAUCAAGUUAAACCGUCAUCCGUACCGCGGCAGACGCAAACAAAAUUAAAGAAUUUGACUGGAAUAUUGCCUACUCCAAAAGUUGGAACAUCUCCUUUAAUAAAAACAGCAAAUAAUCAAAGCACUCCAGGGCAAGGUGUCACACUAAAAGUAGCAGGUGGCCAACAGUUGCAAGGAUAUUCUGUACAAUUAGUUCAACAUCAGGGUAGUGUAAAAGCAAUUCCUGUUGGAACACUAGCACAUAACCCACAAAGUACAACAGUGACACCAACUACAGCAGCAACGAGUGCACAGAGGAUUACAGUAGGGAAUGCAAAUAUUAUAGAUGGACUGCAACGGCUAGCAACACAAACAGUUGCAGUUAAACAAGUUUCAUUUCCAGUAAUGACUCCAUGUGUACCACGUUUGAAAGUUUUACCAAAAUCUUUAAUGGGCCUAUCUACCUCGGCAACUACAGUAAACAAAGUUAUAGGAGGAGUGGUGACAACUACAAGCGGAACAAGUGGAAGACCCGUUAUGAGGGUGCCGCCUCUUAAUGUUACUGCCUCUCCUAAUGUCACUGCACAGUCUCCCGCUGGCAAUGGACAAUCUCAACAACAAUCGAAUCGCUGUGGUAUUGUUACUAGACACGCACAAAAAGAAUCAGAAAAGGCACAAAUCAAAGAACGUCCAAAAUCCGAAUUUUAUUUGCCACAAUUAGAAGAAGAACGGAAACAAAGAAGACAAGCUAAACUUCGUCUACUUGCAAAUACUAAUGAAAGGCGAUGUGCCGCAUGUCCUCUAUAUGGAGAAGAUUUGUUUAUGGCAUUAAGAAUUGGUAAACCAUCUACGGCAUGUCGGUGGCAUAAUGGUUGGGUUCACUGUGCAACUGCUAAAGAUAAUGUACGUACACGAAGGCAGUUUUUUUCUCGCACAGAAGCACUUGCGGAGGCGAUCAAAAGUACAGAACAAAUUGUUGAGGAGCUGAAGGAAGUUUUUGAGAGGUUUGUUGUACAUGUUCCUGCUGUGUGCGCCCCUACGCCACGUUUUCACGUUUCUCAUCCUCCUCCACAUAAAUUGUUCGCUCAACGACGUAUACAAAUGGAAUUACAACGUCAACUAUCGCCAAAAUUGGCAUUGUUCCAUCCAGUAGCUAGUGCAAUGAUGACGCAGUUCCCAGAUCCCAGAUUGAUACAGUAUGACUGUGGAAAAUUGCAAUCUUUACAUCAACUUCUUAGAAAGCUUAAAUCUGAGAACCAUAGAGUUUUAAUUUUUACACAAAUGACCAGAAUGUUAGAUGUAUUAGAAGCUUUUCUUAAUUUUCAUGGACACAUAUAUUUACGUUUGGAUGGUACUACUAAAGUAGAUCAGCGGCAGGUUUUGAUGGAAAGAUUUAAUGGAGACAAACGAAUAUUUUGUUUCAUUUUAUCGACGAGAUCUGGAGGUGUAGGUGUGAAUCUUACAGGAGCAGACACUGUUAUAUUUUAUGAUAGUGAUUGGAAUCCUACGAUGGAUGCCCAAGCACAAGACCGGUGUCAUAGAAUAGGUCAAACACGUGAUGUACAUAUCUACAGGUUAGUAAGUGAAAAAACCGUAGAAGAAAAUAUUCUGAAAAAAGCUAAUCAGAAGAGACUACUUGGAGAUUUAGCUAUCGAGGGUGGUAAUUUCACAACUGCUUAUUUCAAAAGUUCUACGAUUCAAGAUCUGUUUAACAUCGAUCAAUCGGAGAAUGAUGCAACGACUCGAAUGGCCGAAGUAUUGGAACAAAAUAGAGAUCGAGAGAAGUUCUUGCAAAAGGAUAACCAAGGUCAAACUUUAGAGGAUAAAGUAGCGAUGGGUGCGCUUGAAAGCGCUCUUGCUGCUGCUGAAGAGGAUCUUGAUGUUCAAGCCGCAAAGACCGCUAAAGCAGAGGCUGUUGCUGAUUUAGCAGAAUUUGAUGAAAAUAUACCCUUGGAUGACGCGGACAGAGAUGACAUGCAAGUUAGCAAAGCUGAGCUUGAAGUACAAAAUUUAGUAUCUCAGUUAACACCUAUAGAACGUUACGCGAUGAAGUUUGUCGAGGAAUCAGAGGGUGCGUUUUCUGCGGCACAACUUGCAGCAGCCGAACGUGAACUCGAAGAACAGAAGAAAGAAUGGGAGUUGGAUCGGCUACGAGCAUUGCGCGAGGAGGAAGAAAGGAGAAUGCGAUUAGCAGAUGACGAUGAGAAGCCUUUGACGUUUGGACGCGAGGAUGCGCAAAAUCAGGUUAAUAGUGCUAGUAAUUCUAAGAAAUUAGUCAAUAAGAAACUCCCACCGAAUAGGAGGAGGAAUUCGCGUAAGAAUAUUAGUAAAAGUGCUCAAGAAUCGGAAAGUGAAACUGAGACUACUACAGAAUCAGAAUCAGAGUCACAAGAAGAUGUGGUAGAAGAUAGCCUUGACGAAGAGUCGAGUCAUACGGAAAGUCAAAGUCAAGGCGACGAGGAUGAGGAGGAGGAAGAGGCACACGAUCAAAAUGAUUCUGAAAAGGGCGGAUAUCCCAAACGUAAGAACCGUUCUAAUAAAUCAUUUAGUCAAAAUCAUUUCGAUCUGAACAGUCCACGGACGAGAUCAAGGGGAAAUGUUAAAAUUAAUUUAUGGACAUUGGACGUAAGUCCUAUCUUGCCUGGUAUAAAACCGAAAUGCCGAGGUAGAGCCAGCAAUUUGCGUAAACAACGUGAGCUUGAAAUGAGGAUGAAAGCAGAAGAAAAUUUCAUUUUACCUUUGCCACCAGUUUCAAGUCCGAAAAAGUUAAAUAAUACCAACAUUUCGAAUAAACCCAAUGAAGGAGAUCAUACUGUGAAUGAGAAAGAAGUGGUAACAGCUGAUUUAAAACAUACAGAUGCUGAAAAAAGUACAAUUCUGCCUACUGAUGAAAAGCGAUCUGAAAGCAUCGAAAAUUGUAAAGUGAUUGUAAAUCAUUGCACCAUUGCAACUUCGCCAAAAUCGAACUGCGAUAAAACUGUCAUAGACGAAUCUAACGCCACUAUAGCUUUAGAUUCGUUAGAAAUAGAAACAUGUUCUCAAUCAGGUAAUUCAUCGGGCAUGUCAGAACAGAGUAAAGAUUUAGAAGAAGGUAUAAUUGAUAACAAAGACGGUGGUGAAGCAGCACAACAGUUAACAGAGAAUACCACAUCUUCAAUAUAUAUUACAAAGUUAAUGUCCACAGCAAUGGCGCAAUCUAGUAAUUUAGAAGGUACUGCAAGUUGUAAUGACGAUUCCGAAUAUUCUAACGUUGAUUUGAUCUCACAGAAUAGUAGUCCUCGUUCAGUUGUAAUGGAAUCGAACAUGGUAAAAAGAAUUUCUGAUUCGAAAUGCUUGAAAAGUUCAAUGACUUUGGAGAUAGAUGAAGAAAUUAAUAUAUCGGAAGAUUCAUUGAUUGCUCCCUUAAAAAAUAAAAUAGUCGUUCAAGAUACAGAUGAGAAUGCUGAAUCUACAAUAAAGAAAUUAGUAAGUGAUAUUGUUUCUAAGAGUAAGAUAACUUCAUCUGCCAUUGAUGAAUCAGAUACGGGAUUAAAAGGAGAACUACUUAUCUCUAACGCAGAAUCGAAGGUAUUAAAAAAUAAAUCUCUAGACGAGCUCCAAGAUAUAAAUAUUUCUAAUGACGAGUAUAGUGUAAAAAAUGAUACAAGAGCGCAGAGUCCUAUCGAAACGAAAGAAGACAUGGAUAUGAAAGAAACUUCAACAAAUAAUAAACAAUACGAUGAAAGUACUUCAAAUUCAGAUACAACAAAUAAGUCUGUCAAUGAUAAUGAAUCCAUUUCUGUGAUAGAAUCAAGCUCUAGUCAAGAACCUAGUAGCAGCAAACAAGAAGAAAACUAUACUAAAUUAGAUGAAUGUGUGCGCGACGAAGAUGAUACAAAAGUUCAGUCGAUCUCAUCGACACAAAACAGUGACAAUACUUUUUCUUUUGAUACCUUAGGCUCGAAUGAAUCAAGUGGAUCUGAAUUUAAUGCAGAAAAUAAGAUUAAAUUUCGUAAACCAGAUACGAUAUCUUACGGAGUGACUACAAGAAGCGCGAAAGUAAACAUUAGCGUAGAAACUACUGAAAAUAAAAAUUUGAUAUUAUGUACUGAUACAUGUGAAAGUCAAGGAAGCGAAAUUUCAAAUUCAAAUUCGAAUUCGAAUACUCAUCGAAAAGAAACUAGCAAAGUAACACAGAUUCGAAGGCCCGACACACCUCGACCGACGAUAGAACAUUCUAGGAUUACAAGGUCAAGUGCAAUUCGUUCUUUAACACCUCCACCGAAUUCAAAUUCCACAAAAUCAUUGCAAAAAAAACGACCAGACACUCCUUUGCCUGAAUGCUUUAGAUCUUCCCCACGAUUAGCGACGAGGUCUAUGUCAAAUUUGAGUUCAUCACUAAGAAACGAAGAACAAAAUACAUCGUCAUAUGAGAAACCCAUGACGCGUAGGUCAAAGACUUUGGAUAAUGGUGUUUUGAAUCCAACUGUGUUUCGAAGAAGCAGUUCAAUACCACCUAUGAAACCAACAUCCGAUUCGAAAGAUUGUACUAGUUCUAUUUCAACUAGAUGUAAAAGAAAUAGUGAAUCUACAAGUACGAAUACAAGUACACCGAGACGACGUCCGGAUACACCUGUUCCUACUUCUGAACAAGGAUCGAGAGUUACUCGAUCUGGAUUGAAUUUUACGCUAAAUUCAGCAAAGGGUCCUAAUCAUGUGUCGAACAAAGGGAAUAAGCACAUUCGGAAGAUAGAUUCGUCUUCUGAUUCAAAAUCACAGGAAGAGGAGUCUUCUUCUGCCGUUUCACCAUUGUCUGGAAAAACAGAAACGUUGAACACAGAUUCAAAUGGUAACGCGGUUGUAUCAGAAACCUUCCCCAAACAAGAUGAUUCAACCCUAUCCUCCUUUAAUGAAAUUAACGAGAAACCACAAAGAACUGCUAAAGUCGUUGCUAUUCUUACUUUGGAUACACGAAGUAAUCAUACCAGUAAAGCUUCUAGUUCCGUUCAUGCAAAAACAUCUAAUUGCAAUUCCUCUGAUACGAAAAAUAAUAAAAAAAACGCCGAUUCUAAUUCAAAUUCUGCAUCUGAUUCGUCAGGGAAAAAUUGCGUUCUUAGGAUUUCAGAUGUUACUCCGAAUUGUAAAGUAGAUGGGUGGUGUGAUUCUGGAUUGGAUACUGGUUCUCGAGAUCGCGUUUCCUCUAAUGUAUUUUCCAAUGUAGCAAGUACUUAUACCAGUUCCAAUAAGGCAGGAAAAUCACCGACAUUGAACAAAAAUACAUCAUUGAAUUCUAAACUUAAAACUGAUAAGGUUCCGAUACAAUCAACAGUGAUAGCAUUGGUCGAUUUGGACAACGACUCUAAUUACGAUUCAUCAGAUGGAUCAAAGAAAUUAAGAAGGAAAAUUAAACGAGCACGACUGUCGUCGUUUGCAAAGCCAUUGAUAAGUGGAAAAACGAAUGAAUCACAAAUAGCUGACGCUCCAGAUGAAGAAGAGCAGAUACCGCCAAUGAAAAAGUCGAUUCGUACUCAGCUUACUCCUCCUCCUCCUUCUUCGCAAACAACUCAAUUGGAAAAAUUCAGUAGCGGUACUAUAUCUUGAGUCCCGCUAAAACUUUAUCGCUGUAACAUUUAGCAGCGUGUUUGUAUAAAUAUUUCUCAUAAUUUAGACAUUAACAUUGUCUUGAACUACUACCUGGAGCGGCGUGCGCAUAAAAGAAACCAAGUUCUAAUUGUUUCUUAAUUUUCACAUGAUUCUUGUAUAUAAUCACAAAAGUAAAGAUAAGUGAGAGAUGUUUCUUUUAUUGUACUAAGUACAUACGUGUAACAUUUUUAGCAUUGUAAAUUGUACUUUCCUGUAAAGAAUUCAAGUGUCUUUAAUUGACAUUGUAAUUUAUACUUGGUGAUAAAAACGAACGAAAGAAAAUGAUAAAAGAAAUAAGGCAAGGCAUUCGAUUGUAUUAUAAUAGGAUAUAUAGAGGAGAAAAAGAUUCAUUACAGCUUAGCUCAUUAGUACGUUGCGAAAGUCUCGCCUUUGCGACGAUUUUGUAGCGUUUGAUUUCUUAAAUAAAAAGAAAUAAACAAUCGAGUCAAAAGUAAAAAGCAGAAAUAAUUCUGUGAAUGCGACGUACUUUGUUCUCAUUAACGCCUUGCACUCUACAUACUUUGCAAGGUCGCGACCUGAUUACAUAUUAGACUUAAGAGAUUCUUCGUUUAAUGGUAUGCCCCACUGUAAUAUUUAAGUUGCGUGCCUGUAUUUUGUAUGAUCGAGUGAGUCCGAGGAAGGAAAUAAACAAAAUAUUCCUUGCUAUGAA